AUGGAUCGCCUCUUUCUUGUCUUCUGCAUCAGUGCAUGUUUCCUUUACAACCAUGCAGGAGCACAAGGUGUUGGGAUUAACUAUGGACUACUUGGUAACAACCUUCCACCACCAGAUACAGUUAUUAGACUACUGAAUUCUAAAAACAUCAAAACAGUUCGAAUUUUUGAGCCCGACCCAAAUGUUUUGAGGGCCCUAGGGAAUUCUGGCAUUGAAGUUGUUCUUGGCACGCUCAAUGAGGAUUUACAGCAACUUGCUGAAAAUCCAGCCUUCGCAACUCAAUGGGUUAAUACCAAUGUUAUACCUUAUGUCCCUGCAGUAAAAAUUAGGUAUAUAUCUGCAGGGAAUGAAGUCAUUCUAGGGCCUUUGGCGCAAUUUGUAGCUGGUGCCAUACAAAACUUGGAUAUUGCUCUCAAGGCAAGUAAUGUCUCCGUUCCUGUUAGCACAGCUAUCCAAUUUGAUGCAAUAGGACAAUCUUUCCCACCUUCAAGUGGCGCAUUUAAGAAUGAUGCAGUCGGCGCAAUAACACCCGUUGUGGCUUUCUUGGUGUCUAAACAAUACCCAAUUCUAGCAAAUGUGUAUCCUUAUUUUGCAUACGCAAGUGAUACUGUAAACAUUCGAUUAGAUUACGCAUUAGGAACAGCUUCUGGUCCUGUUGUUACUGAUGGGCCAUUGCUAUACAGUAAUCUUUUUGAUGCUAUGGUUGAUGCACUAUAUGCUGCCCUAGAGAAAGUUGGUGGACCAGCUUUGAGAAUUGUUGUUUCAGAGACUGGAUGGCCAAGUGCUGGAAAUGGGGACGUAGCAGUUGUUCCUAAUGCUCAAGUUUAUGUUAACAAUGUGUUGGCUCACGUCAAAUCUGCAGUGGGUACUCCUAGGAGGCCUGGAAUUCCUAUAGAAACUCACAUAUUUGCUCUCUUCAAUGAAAAUCUCAAGCCAGCUGGUGUUGAACAGAAUUUUGGAUUGUAUUAUCCAAAUAUGACUGAGGUUUAUGCUGUCACUUUUUAG